GAUCCACCGUCGACUUCACCGUCCCAACCUCCACCGGCUCGUCUACGGUUCUUUACUCCUAAACCACCACCAUCAACGUGCAACGACGCCUCUUUUGAAGGAUCCCCACCAUGAUGACGGCUUCUCGAAUCCAAGAUGCGCUGACGGCGCCAUAAUCAUCCACCCCCUUGGCGAGGUGGGGACCGGCCACCAUGUCGUUACCCCUGUGUCCAUCCCUUGAAGGCGAUCAUCUUCACGAUGGCUGCCAAUCGCAAGCACACCCUCCUUUGAUCGUCCACCUCUUUGGAUUCCUGCCAGAUCCAUGCGCUUGAUCUCCCGGCCGGGCCCGGACCCUCUCCGUCGCUCUCGACUCUACCGGCGCGUCCUGUACACGCUGCUCGUUCUCUUUCUCAUCUGGACCGCCGCCGAAAUCACCGCCGUCCAGCGUCGCCUCGAUCCCCUGGUCUCCGUUGACGAGCGCAUCUUGCGAAAAUCACACCUGCGCACGGAACGAGUGUUCAUCGUCGGCAUCCACUGGAACAACGAAUGGAUUCUGCGGAAUUACUGGAACCAAGCCGUCACGGACCUGGCACAGACCCUAGGCCCCGAGAAUGUCUUUCUCAGCAUCUACGAGAGCGGCAGCUACGAUAACACCAAGGGGGCUCUUGUCGAGCUGGAUCGCAUGCUGGACCCCCUCGGCGUGCCUCGAAAUAUCACGCUGUCGGAGGUGACGCACCAGGAUGAGAUCGUUCAGCCGUCUACGGACGACGGGUGGCUGCAGACCGAGCAGACAGGCAAGGAGCUUCGGCGCAUUCCGUAUCUCUCGCGCCUGCGGAAUCUCAGCCUUCAGCCGCUAGUUGACCUAGCGAAGCAAGGAAUCCACUUUGACAGAGUUCUCUUUCUGAACGACGUUGUGUUCACAACGCAGGAUGUCCUCGAGCUCCUGCAGACGAAGGAUGGCAGGUAUGCCGCCGCUUGCGCCCUGGAUUUCUCGCAUCCGCCGGCCUACUACGACACGUUCGCGCUGCGCGAUAUCCAGGGACACGAGCCCAUCAUGCAGACGUGGCCGUACUUUGGCUCGUCCGCAUCGCGCCAGGCGCUGAAGCGCAUGGAGCCCAUCCCCGUGGCAAGCUGCUGGAAUGGUAUUGUGGCCAUGCGCGCAUCCCCGUUCGUCGCGCGCGAGAACCCGCUCCGGUUCCGAGGGAUUCACGAUUCCCUGGCUCGCGAGCACCUGGAGGGCUCCGAGUGCUGUCUCAUUCACGCCGACAACCCCCUCUCUAGCCUUUCGGGCGUCUAUCUGAACCCCCGGGUGCGCGUGGGGUAUCACGGCGCCGCAUACGACGCAGUCCACCCCGGGGAGCAGUGGCUCACGUCCUGGAAGAUCUGGGCGGGCCUGUGGUCGAAUCGACUGCGACGAUGGGGUAGUGUCAAUCGAAGCAGAAGAGAGACUCAAAAACGUGUGGUGAGUUGGGAACGGGAACAUGGCCAAGAAGAACGAGGCGCGUUCUGUUUAAUCGACGAGAUGCAAGUUUUGAGGCCGUGGGGAUGGGCCCAUGUAUAGCGUACCAUGUAAUGUAUUUAAUGUCUAUAUUUG